GUGGCUUGCGUGCUUUCUCCCGCGCGACGGCGACCGUCCAUUCCACAUCCUCACCUUCUUACACCCAUUAGUCGCAUAGAACGCGAGGAACAAAUUCUUUCUUACCUCCAAUAUGGGGGAUUCUCGAGUAGCAAGACCCUCGACUGACGAGGAGACGGCACCGUUACUCCAGGAUGUAUCUCAUCCAGACGAGACACUGUCUCAUCCUUCUCAACCAUCCUUCUUCGAACGUAUCUCUGCUGCUGCGAAAGAACCUCUCAACCCUCUCACCAAAUUCCUCUGUGUCGUUGCUCUAUUCUUCCUUCUGUUAAGCUCAGUCUUCAUUGGACUAUUUGCCGGCGCCCAGCAUAGACUAAAUAGCGACGGAGGUGGAGGAAUCAAUAAGCCUACUACGACUACUUUUACUGUAACUGAGACGGCGAUAAGGACCUCCACACUAACCGAGACCGAUAUCAACACGCAGACGCAGACGCAGACGCAAACAAAAACAACUACCUCAACCGCGAUUUCUACUACUACUGCGACGCUGUCUGUCCCUGUACCAGUUCCCACCCAUCCACCUGAAGAGAAAGCCUGCUUCACACCAGAGUGCAUUGUAUUAGCUUCCUCUAUCAUCUCAUCUCUUGAUGUGACACAGGACCCUUGUGAAAACUUCUAUGACUUUACUAAUGGUGGUUGGAUGAAAUCUCAUCCUAUACCCUCUGAUAAAGGCAGCAUUGGCAGUCUCGAACUUAUCGCCCAGAGGAAUAGGCGUAUACUUCAGCAAAUUUUCUCCCAUGAUUCGUCCAACGUCUUCGAGUCUGCGUUAUCCAUUGAUGAUGUUACGGGCCAACCAGACCCUGACGAGGAAACGCUCCUCAAGAAGCUCCGAGGGCUCUAUAAUUCCUGUAUGGACGAGGAUUUAUUGAAUGCUCGUGGAACGGAUCCUCUUCUGAGAGUGAUUCAAGAAGUCAGGAAACGUUUCAAGGGUCAAGUCUUUCAGGAUGGUAGCAAAAACAAGGAGCUCGGCUUGACGGCUGCAGUUGCAUACCUUCAUUCUCGCGGUGUCAGUGCACUCUUCUCUGUUGAUAUCGAAGGUGACGUCGGUGACGAUCCGAACAGAAUGACCUUCUUGUUGGGUCAGCCCAGCCUAGGUCUUCCUUCAAAGGAAUAUUAUGAAGAUGAAUCAUUCACAGAACUUUAUGGAUCUGUUUUGGAACGUCUUCUAAUAAAUCUAUAUGAUGAGGAAGAAGCUUUACUGGUUCAAGAGCAGUCUCUGGAGGCUCCUGAACUGACUGUGCACGAGGAACGCCUCCGGGUCUGGCCUCCUUGGCCGUGGCCACCUUGGGGAGGAGACGACGACGGCGAUGAUGAUGGCGGUGAUCACAAGCCCGUCAACCGCACGGAGGAAGCACACAAGCUUGCUAAGAAAAUCAUUGAAUUUGAAAAGAAAGUUGCUAAUGUCAGCCUGGAUUUGGAUAUUCUCUACCAAAACCCUGUUGCAACCUAUAAUCCAGUCUCCAUCUCGAAUCUUACAGAUGCCUUCCCCCAAUUUAACUUCCCGGCCUACUUCGCAACAUUCGCCCCACGUACUUUCCCAUCUAGGAUCAUCCUCGAUUCACCUACAUUCCCUGGAAACCUCUCCGCUAUACUUGCUGACACCAAACCCAGCACUUUACAAGCAUAUCUCGAAACUCGGGCUGCCCUUUCACUUGCGCAGAACCUUGGCACUGAGACUGAAGCCUGGAAAGCCGUUCGAAGCUUGGAAGAAAGAUUGAGAGGUAUCAAACCUGGCGCUGUAGGUGAUAGGGCGGAGUUCUGCGUUGCGAAGGUCGAGGACGCUCUUGGAUUCGCUGCGGGUAGGUUCUUUGUGAAGGAAGCGUUUGGCGGAGAGUCUAAGAAGAAGGGUACGAAAGUCAUCACUGACAUUAUUGAUGCGUUCAAGGCGUCACUCAAACGUAUCAAAUGGAUGGACGAUGAAAGUGCCAAGGCAGCGGCAGAGAAGGCUGAUGCUAUCAGAGUGAAAGUCGGCUAUCCCCUCUCGCCUAACACAGAGGACCCUCGUUCUCUAGUAAACUACUACAGCAGAGUCAAAAUUCACGAGACGACUUUCUUCGAGAACAUCCUCAGUGCCAGGGAGGAUGACAUUUUCAAAAGUUGGCUCACUCUGGGAAGACAACAGGAUCCUGAAGCUUGGGAAAUGUAUACGUCCCAAGUUAAUGCUUACUUCAAUCCCCCUGCGAACGAAAUUGUGUUCCCCGCUGGUAUCUUGCAGCCUCCUGUCUUCGCUGGGAACUGGCCCGGAUACAUGGCCUACGGCGCGUUCGGACAGGUUGCAGCCCAUGAACUCACACAUGCGUUUGAUUCUGCUGGUCGCUUAUUCAACCAGGAAGGCAAAUUGGAACCAUGGUGGACGAAUGCAACGAGUGAACGUUAUCAAGUCAUCCAGGAUUGUAUUGUUGAGCAAUAUUCGUCUUACUAUGUUGUGGAUGAUCAGGGUAACAAGGUGUACGUGAACGGAAAUUUGACUUCCGGCGAGAACAUUGGCGAUUCUGGUCUGAUACAAGCAUUCCGCGCAUGGCAAGCUCAGUUCGAGGAGUCUCAUAAAGCUGGCAACGAACGACUUUUACCAGGAUUGAAUUACAAUCGGUGGAACAACUGUUUUUCAUCGCAUUUGGAAACCAGUGGGCACAGAACAUUAAACCCGCAUCUGCUGUUGCCAGAGUACGCUCAGAUCCUCAUUCGCCUAAUCGAUUCCGUGUCGACGGAACCGUACGCAACAUCCCGGAGUUUGCAAAGGCGUUCAAAUGUUCCGCCAAGGCCAAGUUGAAUCCCCCACCGGAGAAACGUUGUCUCUUCUGGUAAUCGGGAGACUAGAAUCGUGGUACUGUAACAUACAACGUAUAUACCGGACACUUCAUAGCGCACUUCACAUUGUGUUGCUUUCUUAUCGCUUUACUUGCAUAUGUAUUAGAUCAGGAGGCGUUAUCUGUAUUACGACCCAUUGACAUUGAUACCCCGAAUAUGAAGUGGACGACUCUAUCACUCUCAACCUGCGUUCGCCCACUUUAUGCAUCCGAGCCGAAUGACGUAAAGUGCCAGAGGCCUAUGCCGUGUCUAAGGAAAAGAAAAUCUGCUUUCAGCA